UUUGACAUAUGCGAUAGCAUUAACAUGUUAUAAAUAAGACUGUAAAACACUUACAUAUUUACAUUCUACAAAACCUGUCUUAAAUAUAUCAGGCAUACUAGGGUGUCCUGGACUAUCUCUGCUCAGGGUCUGAGCUAUCAUGUUGUAAAGCACUACUCAUCACUGACCCCUGCUGGCGAACACUUGUACUAGCUAAAGGAAAAUAUGGCUGCCUACCAGACUGACGAGUGGAGGGCCCUAUGCGAGAAAUUUCGCCAUGCCCAAGAUCUCUCAGAAGUAGAGUCGAGAAAAGACCCUGAGAAUAACCCUUUCCGAUCGAAAUACAAAGCCAGAGAUCUACUGAAGGAAAUCAACUGUUCUUUGAAAAAAACUGAGACCGAAGAGGAGGGAGGAGAGCCUGACAAUGAAGCUGACAGCGAGUCCGCUCUGACGGUGGAUGGAGAAACGGAGAAUGAUGCUGAGAAAGCGUGCGCCGGGGAUUCUCCAACCGGGCUGCGAGCGGCGAGGCUCGCGGUGCUCCAGUACUAUCUCGGUGUAAACCACAUAGAGACCGAGGAGCUGUCCGCCGGCGAGCAGCAUCUCAUGAGCUGCAUGAAACUGAUUGACAAGUGCACAAUAACAAGGGAGAACGUCUCUUUAUUUAUACAGGCCCGGAACCAGCUCGGGAUUUUGUGGGCUGGAAGAGAUGAGAUCGAGAAAGCGCAAGGGUUUUUGGAGAAAGCCGAAUCAAUGUAUUUGCGCUACAUGAAAGAGGAUGGUCAACCACCAAUGGAUCUUCAAGAUUUUUUUGUGGUGGAGGGAGAUGAAUUAUCCCAACAAGAGAAGAUAAGAAGGUUUGAAAUGGCAUAUACUCACACGCUUUAUUACCUGGCUCAAGUGUACAAGAAUCUGGAGCAGUUUGAGAGAGCUGGACAGUACUGUCACAGUACACUACAGAGACAGCUGGAGUACAAGCAGUUUGUACCACUCGAGUGGGCCAUUAAUGCAGCCACACUGUCACAGUACUACAUCACCAAGACGCGAUACAUGGAGGCUCGUCACUGUUUGGCGGCGGCAAGUGUCAUUGCUACUUCUGCUGGAGAAAUCCCCUCAGAAGCAGCUGCCAACGAAAGUGAAGCUGAAUGUGAAAAGCGUGAAGAACUGCUGCAGAAGCAAGCUGAAAUUGCCAGAUGCUGGAUCAAAUAUUGCCUUAAUCUGCUGCAAGAUGCUAAAAUGCUUCUUGAGGAUAAUAUUGGAGAACUAGACUUGGAUCGGCUGGAGGAACUGAAGAGAGCACGUCGGAAUGAAGAGGAAGAAAAAGAGAAGGAAAGAAAGAGUGCCAUCCUUUUUGGUUCAAGUGAAACAUUUGACUCCAUUUCCAAUCUGGAGGAGAAAGUAAUCAGUGUGCUUCCAUUGGACUUUGAUGAAGCCCGUGCCAUCUUCUUGGUGGGUCAAGGCUACGUGGCCCAGGCCAAGGAGUAUUUUGCUAUGGAUGGUCACGUGACAGAUCAUAUUGAGAUCUUGCAGGACCAUAGUGCUCUCUUCAAGGUCCUAGCCUUCUUUGAACAGGAUCUAGAACGGCGCUGUAAGAUGCACAAGCGUCGUGUUGACAUACUGGAACCAAUCUGCAAGGAUUUGAAUGCUCAGUACUAUUUGUUAAUCUGCCGGCAACUGCAGUUUGAACUUGCAGAAACCUAUUAUGAGAUGAUGGACUUGAAGUUGUCUGUGUCCGACAAGCAGGAUCAGCAAGAUGUGCAUACCAUUAAAAAGUUCAACCACUUGUGUUCCUCCUCUAUGAAGUGUUAUCAGAUGUUCCUUGAUUCCAUCCGCUCACCAGAGGGCAAAUUUCCAGAGAAGCUUGAGGAUGAUGUGCUGCGGCCAGCGCUAGUGGCCAAAUUCCAUAUCGCCAGAUUACAGUCCAAGUUUAUCUCCAGUAACCUGGCCGCUCAGUUGGAGAAUCUUACCCUCUCAUUAGAGUGUUACAACUUUGUAGUGCAAUACUGUGAGGAACACCCAGAAGCCAAGAAGGCAGUUGAAACAGAGCUAGAGCUGAGUGAGGAGAUGGUCUCCCUGCUACCUCUGAAGAUCAAUCGAAUUAGAUCCAGAAUGCCCUCCACCAACUAAAUGAUAGGCAAUUGAUAAUUCUGAUGUGUAUUGAGUGUAAUGCCCCUCACAUAAAUAUAAACCACUGACAAAUUUACACUACCCCAUUGUUCCGUCUACCGUCAUUAUCCCAGGAUUAGAUGUAUCUAAUGAGCAUUCACAGGACCACAUUGUAAGAAACUCUUCAUGCUUUGCCUUUAUAACCCUGGGACCAGAAGUCUUUAUGCACUGGUGUAAUUGAAUGAUUUACAAUCACUAAUAUAUUUAAAAUGUGCAAUGUAAAAUGUUUGUCAAAAAUAAAAAGUAAAAUGUUCUUUAAAAUAUGAUGUAUCUUUACUGAGCCUAAGAUGAAUUAAAAUAAAAUAAAAAAUUAACUUUUAGUUUUUCUUAUUGAUUCAAAACAAAAUUCUGAUUAUUUGCUUUAUUUUAACAUUCUUCUUACGCGUGUGUGUGUGUGUGUUUGAGGUGCUCCCUGUCAGCAGUGGCGAGUACCUACCGACUGGGAAGGGACAAACCAGCGACAGGGUGAUUGAUGUCCAAGGCUCAUAAAUGCACGAGGGCAACAAAUCCCAUCUGGUCCGAACCUACAGAAUGUCUACUUUGGUUCAAGUCAAUGAAAAUUUUAAUGAUGGUUAUGGGAGGAAUGUGUCCCAAAACAUAGCACAUUGCACCCUGCUGUGUAUGGGGCUGUGUAGCCGCAGACCGGAAAGAGUUCCCAUGAAGACCCCUAACCACCAUCGAAUGCACCAAAAAUGGGCAUGUGAGUGUUGGAACUGGUCCAAUGAGUCUGGCUUUCUUUUACAUCACUUGUGCACCAUUUACAUGGGGAAGAGAUGACAUCAGGAUGCACUGUGGGAAGAUGACAAGCCGGUGGAGGGAGUGUGAUGCUCUGGGCAAUGUUCUGCUGGGAAACCCUGGGUUUCCAUCCACGUGGACUUCAAUUUGACAGGUGCCAACUACCUAAACAGUGUUGCAAACCAGGUACAUCCCUUCAUUGAAAUAGUAUUCCCUGAUUGCAGUGGCCUCUUUCAGCAAGAUAACGUGCUCUGCCACACUGCACAAAUUGUUCAGAGUUCAAGGUGUUGCCCUGGCCUCCAAAUUCACCAGAUCUCAAUCCAAUUGUGCAUCUAUGGGAUGUGCUGGACCAACAAGUCCGAUCUGUUGCGGCUCCACCUCACAACUUACAGGACUUGAUGGAUCUGCUACUAAUGUCUGGGUGCCAGAUAUCACAGGACACCUUUAAGGGUCUUAUACAGUCCAUGGCUUGGCGGGUCGCCUGAUUUGGUGACAUGUAGAGGAACAACAGCAUAUUAGACAGGUGCUCACAAUGUUUUGGCUCCUUGGUGUAUAUGCACACCCACACAAAAACUGGCAUAGUAGCAGCAAACAUUGUGCAGCCAUAAUCAUUAUAACUAGUUUGGCUGCAUGCAUAGAGGAAAGUACCUACAUUGCCUGUUGUAUUGAUGACAUUUAAUUGAGUUCAUGCAGCUAAAACUGGGACAGCAAGAACAUUUAAGCAGUUAAGGUUGAAGUACAUCUAGCUUCCUUAUGCAAUAAGAAGGUGAUAAUUAUGCUGUGGAACAUGUGUCGCAGAUUAGAGGAAAAUGUACAUUAUGUGCUCUGUUUUCAAAGAGGAAACUGCAACUAACGGUUAUUUUCAACAGACAAUUGAACUAGAAUAUGUAAUGAGGGGUUGACCAACAGAGUAUAAAGCAAACUUAUUGCAAUUUCUUCCUAGAUAUUUAAGUAAUCUCAUGCUGCUGUUUCCCUCUUUCCUAUAUCUCUCUGUUUCACAAAGACCCACAUUUAGAAUAUGAUGCAAAAUAACCACUGAUACAAAAUAAAUACACAGAUAAGUAACUAACUAACAGUUUUACACUGAUGUAAAACUUGGUCUCAACUAGAGUCUGGAAUUUUUGCCUUCCCUGAAUGGUUAGCUGGAGUUUAAACUAGUGUAUUGUAUUCAUGUGUCCUUCACUUUCCCAAAUUGAAAUUCAGAAGACCUGUGUUUGCUGUAAUUUUGUCAAAUAAGAAUACUUUUGGAAAAGGUUAAACCAAAAACACUUUUGUUUUUUGCUUGGGUAUGACAAGAAAUUACAUCAUGGUUUCAUCUCUGAGAAAUAGAAGAGAAAAUACAGAAAGUGCAGCUUUCUGAAGGCAAUAGGAUUUAGUAAAUGUUUUAGGUCUUUUUAAAGAAGAACAUUUAUAUGUGCGAACUAACCCAGUGGAAGCUGUACCAAGCCAAAAUUACAAACUGCUUUGUCUUGUGAAAUAGCAUCUCAUCAUUAUAUUUGAAAUAUCAGUGAAAAAAUUCUGUGGCUGUGUGCUUGUGAUAUUCUCUUAGUCAUCUUCAGUCUGAGAGACAAACAAUCACAGAUCCUGUAGUUCACCAAGAGUUAAGUAUAUCGUUUGACUGACAACAAACUCGAACAUUAUUCCAUGUCAAUGCCGUUGAAAAUGUGAAGGUUGUUUUGAAACAUAUCUUCUGCGUUCAUAAAUGUAUAUUUGAGUUUUGAUCUGGGACUCUCCUUUAUAAUAUGAAUCUGAUUUCAGGUUAUUGUCAUACAUUCCAUUUUCCAUUAACUAGAACUUAAGUAACUUCCGCCAUUUAUGACGGACUUUGUCUGCAAGUGCUAGAUCAAUGCGCCAUGAAGUCCUAAAUAUAUAUAUAAUAAUAAUUUGUGUUCUUAAAUUAUUUUUUGAUCUGUCUGACUGCUGUAUGGACAAAAUAGACAUUUAAACAGAUAUUUUUGAAAUGCCACAGGAGACACCACUGUAAUAAAACAAUCUUUUUAUAGAAGAAUUUCCCACGCGUUCCUUUAGCUUAUGCAUACAAUGGAACAUUCCUCUCUGUCUUGCCAUACUGUGUACUAAUAAAAGGAGAAAACCUUGUCAUUUCCUCUGUGAGUAAAACCACUUCCGGCAAAAUAUGACAGCUUUGUAUCAGCUUAAACUGUGUUGAUCUUUUCAUAUUAAAGUGUAUAGGCCAUGCACAACACUGCUCCACUACAUUACCUUUCACAAAUCAAGUACAAGUUUUUAAGUACAAGUAAAUAUUUCCAUCCAUGUCACAAAAGACAAAAAUAAUAUUUGCUAGAUAUGUCAUGUCUUACAAAUGGCCUAUGUGUGUUAAAGCACCUUUUAAGUAUAUAAUAUAAAAAAGUCCAGUCUUUUGAGGCAAUGUACAGCUCUCCAAAUGACUUUUCUGUAGGCUACUGACUAAGCCAAGAUCUGAUCAUGUGUGAGGUCUCACAACAAAAACAAAGAAUACAAUGGGUAACUUGUUCAUUUAGAAAUAUUUUAAAUUUUGAGGGGGUACAGUGUAUUUUUAUUGUAUACAGUCUUCUCAUUUUGUGUAUACUGUAUAUUGUAUAUUAAACUGUGUUGUGUAACAAGAUGUGUAAACUGUAUUAUGUGUAAAUCAGAUGUUUAAUGUAAUUGUCAUACUGCUAUAUUGCUUGGAGCACCCAAGACUUUCACCCACUGUUGCACUUGUGUAAAUGGUUGAGUGACA